GUUGGACAGAUAUCAAGUGGUGGUCAAUCCUCUAACAGCCCGAUUAAGUGCUUGAUUGCCAAAACAUAUUAUGGUAAUAAGCAUUUGGGUUUCAUCGGGUGUGCUGUCUAUAUCACACGCUGUGUUCAACUGAUCGGUACCCCUGUAUACAUAUCGGACAAUAUACCGGUGCCGUACGUAUCCCUGUUGGGUAAUGUGUUGAUAUGCAAAGUGAUUUUAAGCGGUUCGGUUAAUAGGCGCCGUACCACCAAUGUAUUGAUUGCCAAUUUGACCAUAUCCGAUUUGGUAAUGACAGUGUUUACUAUACCUGUCACUAUCGCCAGGCUCAUUUUAGAUGAUUGGCCGUUUGGUAGUUGGUUGUGCAUAUUAGCGCCGUUUGUUCAGGUGACCAGUGUAUACGUAUCGACAUUAUCCAUGAUUAUCAUAGCGUUGGACAGAUAUCAAGUGGUGGUCAACCCUCUAACAGCCCGAUUAAGCGCUCGAUUGCCAAAAUAUAUUAUGGUUAUAAUCAUAUGGGUUUUAGCGGGUGUGCUGUCUAUACCACACGCAGUGUUCAACCGAUCGGUGACCAGUGUAUACGUAUCUAAUUGCUUUACAUUGGCAAUGAUUAUCAUAGCGUUGGACGAAUAUCAAGUGGUGAGGGUGCGCUAUCUAUACCGCACAUUUUGUUCAACCGAUCGGUACCCCUGUAUACCUAUCGGACAAUAUACUGGUGCCGUACGGUAUACCCGGGGCACCAGCUAUUCUACCGGCAAUUGUUAA